AUGGGCGAGCAAACUACCGCUCCUCCUCCCGGCCCGCCGCUGCCCGCUGGCUGGGCUGGGCAGUGGGAUCCCAACUACCAGCGAUGGUUCUACAUUAACACGCACACUGGAGUCUCCCAAUGGGAAUUCCCUGGCGCCGCUCCUACUACGGGGGCGCAAUCGUCUCAUCCGCCACACCCGCCUGGCGCUGAGGGCGACAAGGCGACGCGUGGUGAGGCUGAGAAGUACCAAGGUGACAAGGACAAGGAGGAGAAGAAGGACAAGGACAAGGAUGAGAAGAAAGAUAAGGAUAAGGACGAGAAGAAGGAUAAGGAAGAAAAGUCCGACAAGGAUAAGGACGAGAAGAAGAAGAAGGACAGAGAUGGUGGCUCCGAUGGUGAAGAUGGAGGUGAGAAGAAGGAGAAGAGCGGCGGCGGUUUCCUCUCAUUGCUAAAGAAGGGCAAGGAGUUGCUAGACAAGAAGAAGGCAAAGGACAAGGCCAAGAGCGGCGGCGGCCAUGGUGGUGGUGGUGGUCAUGGUGCCCACGCUGCUGGUGUUCAUGGCGACGAGGCGCAUCAUUCUGGCGACAGCGAUCACGAGGAAGGCUCUGAGAAGGAGGGAAGCGACGACUCUUCCUCCUCGUCAUCAGAGGAGGAGGAAGAGGAAGAGGAAGAGGAAGAGGAAGAGGAAGAGGAAGAGGAAGAGGAAGAAGAGGAGGAGGAGGAGGAGGAAGACUAUGAUGAGGAUGAUUAA